CCUUGACCCUUCAUUCUGGAGAAUUUUGUUCGAAAUUAUCCUUAAAUAUUCCGAUUUUCUUGCUAAUUGCGGGAACAAGGAUGGCAGAAGGCCAGGCGGGAGUUAGCUCCUUGCCCCUCCCACCCAUGCAAUAUGUCAACCUGUACACAGAUGAGAACAUCAAGAAAAUGAGGGCUCCUCGACCACCUCCCCCCAUUCAGGAUAACUACUCCAUGUUUGGUGCAACAAUCAGUGCUGAUGAUAACAUCAUACAGUCACUCGAAAGCCAAGGACUAAAAAGACUCUACCCACAAAACUAUGAUCACAAACGAGAACUGAAAAAGUUGAAUCAUUCUAUUUUGGUCAACUUUCUUGAUCUCAUCGACAUUCUGAUCAAAUCUCCAGACUCCCCUAAAAGGGCAGAAAAGUUUAACGAUCUGAACUUGUUAUUUAUUCACAUCCAUCAUCUAAUAAAUGAAUUCCGACCGCAUCAGGCACGGGAAACGUUACGAGUCAUGAUGGAGGUACAAAAACGUCAACGGUUAGAGACGGUGGAAAGAUUUCAGAAACAUUUGGACAAAGUUGUGGAAUUGUUGCAAAAUUGUGUCAGUGCUUUACCCGAGGACGCUAGUUUAGACAGUAAGCUUUUGAUUAACACAGAAGCGAUGGAUGUGGAUGGGACGCAUGCUGAGUCUGAGAGUGAGGAAAAGGCCAUCAGUGACAUGGAUGGUAUGAUGUGUGACAUUGUGGAAGGUCUCAAUCAAACAUAGGCUCAUAAUGGAAUUAUCAAAUAUAACCCCAGGGAUCAAAGAUAUAACACUCCAAUUUUUAAUCCCAUGCCUUCUGUCAGCCAUCAAUCGCAUAUAAACAACAUUGUCGGCACCACCAUCAAACGAUGCCGACAAUGUUGUUAAUAUGCGAUUGAUGGCUGACAGAAGGCAUGGGAUUAAAAAUUGGAGUGUUAUAGAUGGCGUGGGGAGCAAAAAAUAUUCCGUUUCUCGGCGUUUCCUGGUCGUACGAGAGGUCCGAAGUGGAGGUGUCUCUCGCUUCAAAUCUGGUCCUCGCUUGCCUACCUAUAGUUUUUUAACUCCCUAUAUAUUAUUUCCUAGCUAAUCCCAUUGUUUAGCCCGAUAAUCCCGCUAAUUAGCAUUCAGGGGCCUAUGGUCCAAUUGACCAGGACCAAGUAUCUGAUUUAUAGUAGGGGCCUAUAUGUAGCCUAGGCCUGUGGUCUGCUGGUAUGACCCAUAUUUUGGGUAUUGUAAAAUUGUUAUGACAAAUAUAUUAAAAAAACUCUUACAUUAGAUUAUCAAUUAGUGUAAGAGGUAUCUAUCGAUAAAAUCAAGAUCACUUUCAGGUUGAUAUUACUUGAGAUGAAAACGAAAGAACAUAUUAGUGAAGGCACAUUAGCAAAACCAAAAUAUUGAUCUUUCAGAAUUUAGUUAUGUAUCAAACUUUCGUUUCUCUGCUCAACGUAUUUGAAGUAGUCGUGAUCGCGUAAUAGACGGACGCCUGCUGACCUAUUACUCGUAGCACAGUGACAUGUGCAUAUCUUUGCUAAUUUUGACUAUCUAGCUAAACAGCCAUGUAUAUGCAACAUAGUUAAUUAAUUCUAAGAUAUGCAUGCAUGCCAUGGUGACCAAAUUGAGAAUCACCGAUUGUUGAUGUAUGGGACAUGACCUAUCCUCCCAUGGCCCCCUUUGUGGUGGGCAACAUGGAUUUAUCUGGUGGGUUAAUAUAAUAGGCCUACUGUGGGUUGGAUAAUAGCCUAUUUAGAUGAGUUGAUUUGUUGUAACAUUGAUGGUUCAGCAGCAUUUUUAAUAAACAUAUGUUUGUACAUUU